AUGCCUCGUGAAAAUAUACCACAAUCGUCGAUUAAGAAACUUGAACAAUUCUUCAGCAAAACACUUGAUACAAAUAAUGACGGCCUUGUUAAUUGGACUGACUUUGAGGCUGCUAUUGAGUCAAUUGUGUCAAAAGAUGAAGCUGCAAAAAAUGCUCGAUUGAAAGUUUUACGUAAACGUCUUGAACAACAUUUUCAAAAAUAUUUCUGGGAUUUAUGCGCUGUUGGUGAUGCAAACAAAGAUGGAAAUAUUGAUUUAGAUGAAUGGCUCGAUGUUAUGAAUGAUAUUAUUGGUGGUUUAAAGGACAAAAAUGAGUUUCCUGAAUGGUAUGAAGGUUUACAUAAAGCUCUCUUUCGUGCAAAUGAAUUUUUAGAUGAACGAGCUGUAUUAAAAGAUGAAUUUGCUAAUAUGCUCAUUUCAUGGGAUAUUGAUGAAUCGAGUUCUGAAAAAGCUUACGAUUUCAUAACUGAACAUGGCAAAAAGAAGAUGGAUUACAAUCUUUUUUCGGAAUUUAUGAAAAAAUUCUUUCUUAAUGAAAUACCAAAGCAUCCAUUAAAUCUUGGCCUUGAUUAA